ACGAUGUCCGGAAGAGGAAAAGGCGGCAAAGGUCUUGGAAAAGGAGGCGCUAAGUGUCACCGCAAAGUUCUCCGUGAUAAUAUCCAGGGUAUUACUAAACCCGCCAUCCGCCGUUUGGCUCGCCGUGGCGGUGUGAAGCGUAUUUCCGGCUUGAUCUACGAGGAGACCCGCGGUGUGCUCAAGGUGUUCCUGGAGAACGUCAUCCGUGAUGCCGUCACCUACACCGAGCACGCCAAGAGAAAGACCGUCACCGCAAUGGACGUGGUGUACGCUCUGAAACGCCAGGGACGCACCCUGUACGGAUUCGGCGGUUAA